CGAGGAGUCCCGGGCAUAGGUUUGCGAGCUGAAGGGGUUUAUUGUUUCUCUCCGUCUUCAACCGAAAUUGUUUCUGAUCUCUUCAGUUCCACAACCAAAUAACAAAACGCUGAAAUGGUAACGUUAUGUGUUUAUUAUUUGUAGUGAUACUUUGAAUAACGACUGCUUGGUAUAUCAUUUGUUUUAAUUGCAUUACCGGCUACUACUGCUUCAAAUGACCUAAAAAUAAAUGCCAAGCUAGCGUUAGCCAGCUACAGUAAGCCAACAAGUUCGCAUUACUAACCGAUACCUAGUUAGUGAGAUAUUUAGGUUACUUUUCAGCAUACUUGUGAAACUUGUAGUUUUAUUUGUUUGGUAAUUGCUUGUAUAGCUAAUUCAUGUUAGAAAUAUCGCUUAAUUAGGCUAUUUUCGCGUACAUAUCAUGUGGUUGAACGGCUAUUAGGCUACUAACGUUAGUAUACCUAGCUAGCUAAAUUAAGCAACGUUAGCUAGCUGACAAUUUGUUUUCGAGUUCGGUCGGGUUGUCCCGCGGCUACUAUUCUCUACCAAAUCAAAUGUAAAUAUUGCCAUAUCUGUCGAGGUUAUCUAGCUACUAAUUCUCUCUUUUAGCAUUAGUCAAUUUCAGAAAGUGGCUAAUUCAUUGGGUAUAUCAAUCGCUCCGCUUGACUACUUCAUUACAAUAGUGUGAAUGUAGGUCAAGUUCGUUUUAUCCACAUACCUAGUUACCUGGGUUUCUCCUCCACAUGGAGUUGAGCAACUGUCCUAAAGCAUGCUUCAGUGCCUUUUCAUCGCAUCAUUUUGAUGCCAGCUGCUGCUUGGUAACUGGCGGGAAACCGUAUGCGGUCAAGAACCGGAUGAUUCAGCUGGAACGCUAGCUAACAAUCUUCCUAAAUAGCUAUGUUUUAUUUUGAAUGACAUCCACUGGCGAGUUAUCAUCCCAAAUUGUCGACACGUUUCUGUACAACAAUUAAAUCAAACUUUACUUAUGGAGCACAUUUCAAAGUAAUUAACAAAUACAUUAAUAAAGGUGAGAAAGAAACACUACGUUUCCUAUUUGACAUUCAAUUAGUAAAACAAUAAAAUAAGUGGACCUGAGACUAGCUAAUUAUGUAUUUAUGAGAGAACACUUGUGUUUACUGUAACUACUAGCAAGUGAUGGUUUGUGACCAGGGAGGGUCAGGUUAGGGGAUUUCUGGAGUAGCAGGUGUUAUUUAAGACAUUUUGGGAAAGAGUGCUGACAUGCAAAUAACAUGAUUUCUAUUAUGUUACUUAAGUCACAUUUUACGGCCUCCUUUUGUAAUAUUUUGUGUUUUGCUUCCUAUAUUCUAGGCUGGCGGUAAGGCAGGAAAAGACAGUGGCAAGGCCAAGGCGAAAGCAGUAUCGCGCUCCCAGAGAGCUGGACUGCAGGUAAGAUUGAAUACCUCUACAGAGAUCCUAUGAUGCAGUGCACCUUGCAUGCAAUUCCAUGCCAUUCAUUAUUUUCAGUCUUGCAUGCAAUUGGUUAGCUCUUUUUUUUACUUCAUGUUUCAGUGUUCAUGUGUACUCCAAUUGCUAGAAGCCACUCAUCCCCUCCCCAUUGGCGCCUAACCUCACAUCUGUUUUAUUCCUGCCAGUUCCCAGUGGGGCGUAUCCACAGGCACUUGAAGACCCGUACUACCAGCCAUGGACGUGUAGGAGCCACAGCGGCUGUAUAUAGUGCUGCCAUCCUCGAGUAUCUCACCGCUGAGGUGAGACACUAUCUCACACCGUUAUAUCCUGUUGGGUUACUUAUUCUGAAUUGCUGUCAUUUAAACAAAAUUAUGUCAUUAGUCCAUUUGUGAAGGGGUGGAAAGAGAUGUAUAAGCUUUAUUUAAUUUUUUUAAAUAGUAGAUCUCUGAAUCGUUUUACGUUUGGGACUGUAAGGUUCUAGCUGCAUAAAGAUUAUUCUGAGAUAAUUGGCUUUAAUGUUCCAAACCCUCAUUGGUUUGAAUGGUGUCAGGGAUUUUUUUGUUAUCUUCUGUUCUUUUUAAUUUAGCAACAUGAAUUGGUACUAUAUAUAACACACACAAAAUGUGAACAGCCCUUCAAAUUUGUGGAUUUGGCUAUUUCAGCCACACCCAUUGCUGACAGGUGUAUAAAAUCGAGCACACAGCCAUACAAUCUCCAUAGACAAACAUUGGCAGUAGAAUGGCCUUACUGAAGAGCUAUGACUUUCAACGUGGCACCGUCACAGGAUGCCACCUUUCCAACAAGUCAGUUUGUCAAAUUUCUGCCCUGCUAGAGCUGCCCUGGUCAACCGUAAGUGCUGUUAUUGUGAAGUGGAAACAUCAAGGAGCAACAACUGCUCAGCCGCGAAGUGGUAGGCCACAAUAGCUCACAGAACGGGACCGCUGAGUGCUGAAGCGUGUAAAAAAAUCAUCUGUCCUCUGUUGGAACACUCACUACCGAGUUCCUAACUGCCCCUGGAAGCAACGGCAGCACAAGAACUGUUAGUCUGGAGGUUCAUGAAAUGGGUUUCCAUGGCUGAGCAGCCGCACACAAGCUCACCACACGCAAUGCCAAGCGUCGGCUGGAAUGGUGUAACGUUUGCCACCAUUGGACUUGUUCUCAGUGGAAACUCGUUCUCUGGAGUGAUGAAUCACACGUCACCAUCUGGCAGUCCGACAGAUGACUCUGGGUUUGGCAGAUGCCAGAACCCACUAGCUGCCCCGAUGCAUAUUGCCAACUAAAGUUUGGUGGAGGGAUAAUGGUCUGGGGCUGUGUUUCAUGGUUCGGGCUAGGCCCCUUUAGUUCCAGUGAAGGGAAGUCUUAACGCUACAGCAUACAAUUACAUUCUGUGCUUCCAACUUUGUGGCAACCGGUUGGGGAAGGCCCUUCGCCGUUUCAGCAUGACAAUGCCCCCGUGCACAAAGCGAGGUCCAUAGAGAAAUGGUUUGAGAUCGGUGUUGAAGAACUUGGUUGGCCUACACAGAGCCCUGACCUCAACCCCAUUGAACACCUUUCGGAGGAAUUGGAACGCCGACUGCAAGCCAGGCCUAAUCGCCAAACAUCAGUGCCCGGCCUCACGAAUGUUCUUGUGGCUGAGUGGACGCAAGUCCCCGUAGCAAUGUUCCAAUAGAGCCUUCCCAGAAGAGUGGAGGCUGUUUAUAGCUGCAAAAAUUGGGGACCAACGCCAUAUUAAUGCCCAUCAUUUUUGGAAUGAGAUGUUCGACGAGCCGGUGUCCACAAACUUUUGAUCAUGUAGUGUAUCUGAAGUACUGUAUAGGUAGAGAACGUUGAACAAAACAAGGCUAUGUCAACUCAAUUUGGACAAAUGCUGAUAGCGCAUUAUAGUCCCAAGCUCUCGAUUUUCAGUUGAUCACAGACACAAAAAUGGUUUCAAUGGAGUUGUAUUGUUAUAUUGUAUCCUGAUUUGGUUGACUUGUUUCUAGGUACUAGAGUUGGCGGGUAACGCCUCCAAAGAUCUGAAGGUGAAGCGUAUCACUCCCCGCCACUUGCAGCUUGCCAUCCGUGGAGAUGAGGAGUUGGACUCCCUCAUCAAGGCCACCAUCGCUGGAGGCGGUGGGUUCAGAAAGCACAUUUUAUUAAAUCACUUGCGCGCGCACACAACUCAUACACUCCACAUAGUCACCUAUUUUUGGAUCAUGGCUAUUGACGUACAGUACACGCAUGAACAACACCAUAUCGCCAUUUCCUGUACAACAUACUCUCACUUGUAUUCCUAUCUAACCACUGUUGCUUCUGUUUCCAGGUGUGAUCCCCCACAUCCACAAGUCCCUGAUCGGGAAGAAGGGCCAGCAGAAGACUGCAUAGAGUAGACAGACGCCAUCUUGUUGACCGGAACUGUGGAGGCGUGUGUUCGGACUGGACUCUGUUCGGAGAUGCGUGUUCGGACUCUGACCUGACCAACAGGACUUCACAUUCAUCCUUUUAUAUUACUAUUAGCUAACGAUGAUGAGUGAUUGGUAGUUUUUUUCGUUAUUGUAAUAUUUCCCAUAAUUAGAAAGAAAAGGACACAUGUUAUUUUAGAUUUUUGGGCAUGACAGGGGAAAUCCUCAUACUUUUGUCAGAUUGUCACAGUUGACUUGUUUGAUUGGCAGGGCUUCAAAUGUUUUGUAUUGAAAAAUGGAAUUGUUAAAACCCAUUUUUUUUAUAAAAACAAAGCUGUCGUUUGUGGUUAUUUUUUCCCCCUCUACAGAAUGUCAUUGUUAAACUUUAUAUUUCAAACUUCCUCUCCUAACCAUAUUUGCUGUCUGAACUUUAUUGGUUUAUAUUUGUUAUGUACAGUGCCUUCAAAGUAUUCAUACCCGUUGACUUAUUCCACAUUUUGCCUGAAUUCAAAAUGGAUGAAAUAUUUCUCAACCAUCUACACACACAACCCCAUAAUGACAAAGUGGAAACAUGUUUUUUUGAUAUUUUAGCGAGAAUUGAAAAUGAAAUAGAUAUAAUUUACAUAAGUAUUCACACCCCUGAGUCAAUACUUUGUAGAAUCACCUUUGGCGGUGAUUACAGCUUUCUGUCGUUGGGUAUGUAUAUCAAAUUUGCACAUCUUAAGGAUUUUCUUCCUUGCAGAUUUUUUUUUUAAGCUCUUAAAUUAUACUGAACAAAAAUAU